GGGGAGAAGGACCUACCCAGACAAAGGAAUAAGAGAGGGGGACUCAGUGCUGUUGACGAUUGUGGCUAGGCGAGUAGCAAUACAAAGCGUUCUUUGCAGCAAACAGGUUCACGUGUUAAUUUCUAUAUCAACAGGUUAUGGGCCCAGCUGUACGCACAGCUAACAGCUACUCUGUCUGAACAAUUAUUUUUUUUUGUGUGUGUCCCCGGCUAACUGUUCCCAAGAAAUUAGAAAUUCUUUUCUGGAGUGAUGGAGAAAGAUGGCCGCCGCCAUGUUGUAUGGUGUCUGAAUGGGAAAAACUACGCGUCUUGGAAAUUUGGAAUGAAGCUGGCGUUACAAAGUGUUGAGCUUUGGGAAGUCGUGAACGGGACUCAACGGCAACCUGCUGAAAGACGCAAUGCUGACCAGGUGAUUGAAAAUGCAGCUGAUAUAACCAACUGGAACAAGAGAAAUACCACGGCAAUGCAGAACAUAUUUGGCGCCAUCAAAGAAGACCAAUCAAGGAUCCUGAUGUCUUGUAGCACAGCCCAAGAGAUGUGGAUGAAAUUGGAGACUGAGUAUGAAGAAGAUGCCGCAGACAAUGCACCUCUAUUGUGGACAAAGUUCUAUGGAUGCACAUUUCGACCAAGCCAAAGUGUAUCAAGCUUCCUGACUGAGUUGGAACAGAUAGCAUUCCGUCUGAAGAGCCUCAACAUAGCUAUUGAUGAUAAUCAAAUAAUGGCAAAGAUACUCAUGUCGCUUCCUCCAGAGUUCCGUGUUUUUGCCUUUGCAUGGGACAGCACGCCUGUUGCAGAGAAAACUCUCAAGAAACUGACUACUCGCCUUAUAGCAUUGGACAAGAGCCUGCGCAACGACGAAGAAGCAAAAUCGACAUCUGAUACUGCCUAUCUCAGUAAGCCGAACAGAGAUGAAUCACAGCACAAAGAGCAAGCACUUCCUGCCCAGUACGGUCAGAACAAAGGAAAAAGCCACCCUUCCAGUCAACAUGCUGGUAUACCGAGAACAUGCUGGGAGUGCAACUCCACUACGCAUGUUAGAGCUCAAUGCCGUCAAUACAAACGCCGGCGUGAGAGAGAAGGAGAAGAAGCGGACAGAAAAAGGAAGCGUUACGAUCGACAUGACAGAAGAGAUGAUAAACUAUGUAAGCUCCCAGGAGCAACUGGCCGAUGCACUCACGAAACCCCUGGCUGCUCCACGCUUCAAGUAUCUCCGUGACAAGAUUGGCGUUCGGGGUGUAGGGGAGGUGUAACUGAAGAGUUAAAGGAGGCUGAUAUUUCUUUUCUUAUUAUUUGUCUUGUGACACUGAACCUAGUAUUUAUGUCUGAUUCAAAUAUGCUGUGUAUUCUGUGCUCAUGUUUAUUUUUGGGGGUCCAGUUUGAGGGGAGGUGUUGAGUAUAAAAGAUAAACAAACUGGACAGUGCGGCAACGCAGGAUAGCCAGGAAAGAAGAGAGGGGGAGAAGGACCUACCCAGACAAAGGAAUAAGAGAGGGGGACUCAGUGCUGUUGACGAUUGUGGCUAGGCGAGUAGCAAUACAAAGCGUUCUUUGCAGCAAACAGGUUCACGUGUUAAUUUCUAUAUCAACAA